AUGCAGGCCUCCCGAGCUUUGGAUCAUGCCACUGUUGUCGCUGGGAACCUUGCGGAUGUCUUGACGGGCGCUGCGGGAUCGUACGGUGGACAUGGAGCCCCGCUCCCAGGCGACGAAUGGGCCGCCCUAGGGGAUGGGGCCGAGUCCUUCAACAGAGGACUCCAACGACCAGAUCCCCAGACCGCUGCAGCGAUCCCGCUGUCCUCACCCUCGGGUUUCACACAAUCCAUCCUAAGCAGAACGCCUGCACGAAACGGGUCUGUGCCCUUUGGGCCCCCACCUUGGGCAGCAGCACCAGCACCAGCACCAUCAGCAAGCCCGGCCUCAGCCUCAGCCUCAGGCUCACUGCCUUCACCCGGCCCCCCUGCCUUUACUUCACCCGCACCUUUGGGCCCUCCCCACCGCGUAAGUGCGCCCAGCUUCAUGCUCCCCAGCGCGAGCGGCAACAGCGAGCAGGCCCCGGAUGAUGACGACCUGUUUGCGGGGCUGGAGGUUGACCCGGACGUCCCCUCAUUUCCCACACCUCUUCCGGCGGCGGCGCCGCAACCGCCGCUGCCACCCGCGCUAUUACCACCCCCGCCGCCGCCACCAUUGCAGCGGGCCGUUCCAGGCCCUGCUGCUCCCCAGCCGCCGUCAGCACCUGCGAGCAGUACUGCAGCUCCUUCUGUGGGGUAUGAUGACGUGGACCCGUUAGGGGGCCUUUUUUCGGACCCGACCCACAUCGCCGUGUUGCAGGCAUCGCCGUUGCAGCAGCAGCAGCAGCGGCUGGCCGCAAUGCCGGCGGCAGCGGUGACGGGCGGUGGCGGCAGCGGCGGUGGCGGCGGACCUGCCGGCGUCGUCGGUGAACGCACUGCCAGCCGCGCUUUUGCCAUCAACGACAGUCGACAGGAGGCUGCCACCUCUGCCGCUGCCGCCACCACUGCAUCCACUGCCGCCGCCGCCACCACCUCGGACGAGUGGGACGAGGCGAAAUGGGUGGCGGCACGUCAGGUCGUGUCCGGGGGUGUGGCGGAGGACCACAGCAGUACCGCUGAGGCGAUACCGCCGGUAGGAACGGCGGCGGGUGGUGCUGCAGCGGGGUACGUGGAUAUGCAGGCGGCAGCUGCGGCGGCGUGUGAUGAAUGGGGCGACGUGGAGUGGGCGGUAGCGCCGACGCAUGGCUCCGUGCCUGUAGUGUCCCCAGCUCACGAGCUCCAUCGCAUGGAGAGGCCCCCGGAGAGGCCACCGCAGGACCAUUCCGGGGGUUUGGCCCAGGCUGUAGUCCGUAGUAUGGAGCCAAAGGAGGUGGCUAUAGCAGCUGGUGAAGCACUAGAAGCAGCGCAAACACGGGAACAUGGUGCUACUGCCGUUGGCCAACAUGGCGGUCCAAGUCGCACCUUAGCAGGAGAGGCUGCCUCCUCAGACGAGUGGGGAAGUGCAGGUUGGGCGGCGGCGGCGGCGGCGCCGCCGCCACUGGUUGCUGCGGGAGCGCCUUCCGCCGCUGAAGCUGACGCUGCAGUACUCGAUCCUCAUGUGCCGACGGACGCCACCGCUGCUGCCGCCUCCGCCGUCACAGCUUCGGACCCGUGGGCUGGUCACGGGCGGAGGUGGAUACCAAAGCAGACUGUCCAGAGCGACCCUCUGUCCCGCCUGCAGUCCCCCUUGCUGUCCGCUGACGGCGACCACGCACCCAGAGGGUCGCCGGGGAGUGAGGUACAGGCGGCGGAGACGGCGUCGCCGUGGGCCGCCGUCGGGCCCCCCGCCGCUGCACUCGCGUCACCUGGUCCUGUUUCGGCAUUGUCGUCGGGCGCAGCGGUGGAGCAGGCGGACCAUGGAGGGCUGCUAGGCGGCGAUUUCGCCGUCGGAGGCGCCGGCGCCGGCAGCGGGAGGGGGAGGGCGAGGCGCCUCAGUGGCGGGCAUGUCGUCGAUGCGUCUGCCGUACAUUCGGGGCCCUUCACGCUGUUAGAACGUGGCGACGAUGAUAACGGCGACGAGGAGGGGGAUCAGCGACCGGAACCGGAAGCGCCGGAAUCCGCACCAGGAUCAGCAUCACCAACAUCACCAGUAUCAGCAUCACCAGCAGCAGCAGUGGUGGUGGGGUCCCCAGGGGUAGGGGAACGCAGCGAGGUCCCGAAUCUUGGGGCGGCUCAACGGCCCUGGCAGCCACUGGUCCAGGAGGCACCCGGCGUAUUUAGACCGGCUGUAGCAGAGGAAGUAGCGGAGGAGACGGCUUCCGGACAGAUUGACCUGGAGGCGCAGGCGGAGGUAGAGGCGGUGAUGAUGGGGAUGGUGGGGAUGGAGGGGAUGGAGAGCGAGCAAGCUUCAACGCCCGAGUCGCCGCCGGUCGUUGAGGCUGUGGAGGCGGAAGCGGCGGGGAAGGAACGGCAGCAGCAGCAGGCGCAGCAGGCGCAGGCGGUAGAGCAGCCGGCGACGUCGGAGGUGCAGGCGGCGGAUGAUGAUGAUGAGGGGGAGGAGGAGGAAGAGGAGGAGGAGGAGGAAGCGCCGGGACGACUUGCUGCGGCGGCAGAUGCCACGGCCCCGUGUUCUUAUGGCAUCACUGUGGGCGUGGAUUCUGGAGCAGCACCGCCGCCGGCGCCGCCGGCAGAGGACGAUGCACCGGCGCCGGUGACAGAGGAGCUGCAGGAACAAAAGGCACCGACGACGGCGGCGGCAACGGCCGCAGAGUCGGUUUCGGAGCCGGUGGCUGCAGAGGGACCGCCGCCGAUAGUGCCGGAGCUGGAGGAGGACGCGGCGGGAGGACACCAGGCGGCAGAUGACACGAAAGAUCUGGACCUCACCCCCGGGGUCAUGGUCCGGCCGGCAACGGGCCUGCCGUCGCUGGGGGAUGUGGCUCUGGCAAAGGCACCCGGCGCGCAUGCGGAUGCGGUAGAUUUCACAUCCGAGCCUAUCGCCCGGGAGUCCGAUGCAGCACCCGACGCUACGACCACGGCAGUGCAGCCAGCAGCAGCAGCCGCUGCGGUACCGCCAGCAGCAGCGGCGGGAGCGCUCAGGGGAGCUCCAGGGGAGGUGGUUACAGCGCCCGAGGCAGCAGGCGCAUUAGGAGCAGCUGCUACUGCUGCUGCAUUCGGAGAGCAGGAGGUGGGGGUGGAGGAGGGGGAAGGGGUGGAGGAGGGGGAAGGGGUGGAGGAGGGGGAGCAGCCCAGCGCGGUGGCGCCAGGCCGCGUGGCGUCAGCGUCAUCGGCGUCGACCUCCGCCGAGGACGGCCGGUGCGGUGCGGGGGCAACUGCAAACGCAGCUGUGUCGUUCCCAUCUCUUGAGACGGAGGACUCCAGGGAGGGAAACGGGGAUGCGCCCACAGAUAUUGCCGCGAUGGUGGGUGCAACUCUGCUCCGGGAGGUGGCUGCUGUACGCCACACAGGAGCAGCUGAGGGAGGAGGAGGAGGGAUGUGGGAGGUAGCGGUAGGAGAGCACGCAGAGGAGGAGGAGGAAGAGAGGGAGAGGGAGGAGGAGGAGGGGGAGGACUCUGUGAUAGAGGUUGGGGGUGUGGUCGAAGAGGUGCGGACAGGGAAGGAACAAUCGCAGCUGGCGCAGGAAGCGCGGCGUGAAGCAGCUCAACUACAGACGAUAGUGCUGGAUGGGGCCCCGGCCGCGCUGGGCAACAUUGGGGCACCAGCAGCACCAGCAGCACCAGCAGCACCAGCAGCAGAAGAAGAAGCGACUGGGAAGGCUGACGGGCCAGUUGCCGCACCGCAGGCAGGGCAGGGCUUCCUCUACGGGGACGUAGAUGGCCCCCCGGAAGCCGCAGCGGCGUCAGCACAGCACGCUCCGGAACCAGCACCACCGUACGUAGUCGCAGCAACGCAACGGGAGGCUACAGCCGAUGGCACAGGCGCCGCCGUCGACGUCGACGUCGCUCUGGUUCCGUCGCCUGGCGCCGGUGCUCAAGCAGAUGAGCCCCUCGACGGCACUGCUCCAGGGACAGUCGUCAGGGAAGCCGACGGCCCGGGGUCUUCGCGGGCUGUCGGGGACACGAGUGUGCCACUGGGGGAUGAUGAUCGAGUGCGGGGGGCUGCGGCGGCAGUGGCCGCGGCGACGGAGCCUGCCCCCGCCACGGAAGGCACCAGUCCAGUCUACGAGUUCCAGACAGAUUCGUUCGACAUCACCGCCGGGAGAGCUGCAGGUAUUGGAGAGCCAAGAGCGAGGCGUGAGCCCAGGGGGAUGGAGGUAGCGGCGGCGUUAGCGGAGCCUGACGCUGGCAUGGCGCAGGUUUCGGAGCUGGGAGCUGCGGUGGGCGCGGCGGCUCCGCUAACGCCGUCGUCGUCGGCGCCUCCAAGCACGAGCGACGGCGGCGAGGAAGCGGACGAGGAGUUGCAACAGCUACAGGAAGCGAAUGAGGAGGACGAGGCGGCGGCGGCGGCGGCGCGUCCUGGUGGAGAACCUGUAGGGGCUGUAGGAGUGGGGGAGUCGCUCCAGGGUAGGUCCCAGUCGGUGGCAGCCGCCGUCGCCGGUACACCGGCGAACCUAGGCGUCGUGUUGGUGCGAGCAGUGGAGGAGGAGGAGGAGGAGGAGGAGGAGCCCGUUGAGGGCGGGCAACGCGAGGGGGCGUCUGAGUCGACGAGGCUGCAUGUGGUGGUCCCUGAGCCAGCAGCCAGCGAGUCGUUGUCUGGGCGGACGGAGGCGGGAGACGAUGCGGCUGGCUGGGUGGCGGGGAUGGAUGGGGUGGUGGGAGCGGAGUCGGAGAUGGGCGGCGACACGCCUGGGGAGGCUGAUGGUGGUGCAGUCGCCGCAGCUGUCGUGGACCCCUCCUGGGCGGCGAUGGCUGCUGAUGUGGAGGUGGAACCGGGUUUUGUGGAGGGGGGACUGAUUGGAGGAGCCGCAGCCGCAGCCGGCAGCGGACGCAGCCGCCGUCGUGCUGCCGACGCCGCCGAUGCCGCCAUUGGAAGAAGCGUCGUCAGAUGUCUCAGGUUUGCAUCAAAGUACGGAAGCCGCGACGGCGCCAUUUACGCCAUUGAUGACGUUGGGGGCGGCGGCACCGGAACCGGCGCCGACGGGGGCUGCGGACGCGGCGGCGUCGGCGUCAAUGCCGUUAGGGAGAAUGGAGCUGCCCAACCGACCUCCUCGUCUGAAGUGACGCUGCUAGCAGGCGGCGCAGGAGGAAAGCUAGUAGAGCCCGAACCGCCGGCCAGUAGCGAUGCUCGUACUGACGAGGAGGGCCCGUCAGGAUCAUUGCUUGCUGUACCACCCCAAGCGGCGGCGUCGGCAUUGGCAGCGUCGUCGCCAGGAGUGCCGCCGCCGCCGCUUGCGGGCCUCUCUCCCGUUGAUGACGUCGACGCCGCCGUACAUCUGGUUGCGUCGACGGCAGCAGCACCGGCGCCGGCAGCUGGGCCGGCAGCGGCACCCUUCGACCUGUCGGAUUGGCUCGCUGGCGGCGACGGCUUCGGCGCCGCCGCCGUCACUGCCGCCGUACCGGCGGCAGUGCCGCCAGCCCAGGCAGGCCCCGCGCAAGACGCCUUUAUGGCCUUCGCGGACUUGGACAUGCUGACGGCGCCGUCCACGUCACAGACCCCACGCCCCGUCACGUUGCCAGCGGCGGCGCCAGCUUCGGCCGUACCAACACAGCCGUACCAACAUCCGUACCUCUCAGGGGCCUUUGGCGGCAUGUUGCUGGAGUUUGGCGAGCCGGAUCCGGAACCCCUGGCGGCGCCAUUACCGUCCGCCGUAGCAGCGUCAGCGGUGCCUGCUCCCGCGCUGGCGGCACCGCCAGCAGCGGCAGCAGCAGCAGCGGCGAUAGCUAAGGCUGAAGCUGUAGCGCCACAGGCAUCAGCAGUGCCUGCGCAGGCGACGGGGCCGGCAUCCGCGACAUCGCACUUCAUCGGGAUGUUGCCGCUGGGCCUUGCUGACAGCGCAUCGGCACCGGCACCGGCACCGGCAAUGACCAUCGCAGCGCCGGCGGCAACGGCCCUCCGUCCGUUAUCACCAUCUGCGCCGCCGCCGCCGCUGCCUCCGGCCUCGACACUGUCUGCACUGCCGGCCCUGCUCAGCUCCGACGUUGACAUGCUGCUGGCAAGGUACGGCGCCGUUGGAAGCCCGCAGGAGGACGAGCAUCAUCUCACAACAGCGGCGGCGGCGACGCCAAGUCGCGAUGAUCCGACAAACGCAGCCUUGCCGCUGACGGCGGCGCCGCCGCCAAGCCAGACGGUCAGCGGCGGGCAGGCGGCGGCAGCAGGAGGAAGGACGGAAGCGGGGUCGCAGGAGGAGAGACGAGCCGCUGCGGAGGAAGUACGGCCUGUACGGAUGGUGGAGUCGGUGGCGGAGGCUGCCGCUGAAAACCGGGAAGAGGACGCUGGCAUGGGUGCAUCAUCGCCGCAGGGUAUGGCCGGAUCGCACCAAGCGAGUACGUGCAGCGUCGCUGUAGCACCAGCGCCGCCAGCGCCGCCGCUGGCUCCCGUACAGUUGCACUCAGCUGGGGGGCUCAUGCACCCCAGCCCCGCACAGCCCACGGCGUCAGCGUCGGCGCCAGCGCCGCUGGCCCAGCACCUUCCUUCUUCCCAACCCGCCGCUGCUGCACCCGCAUCCACCGCUGCCGCGGCUGUUGCUCCCCCAGUCGCUCCCGCUACAGCUGCGGCCGCUCCGUGCCCUCAGAGGGCCGCUGAGGCCGCUGACGGUCUAAGCACCGGCGGUGCCGACGGCGGCAGCGGCCAGGCAAAGGCAAUACCGAAUCCAAAUCUGGAUACGCAUGUGGGUUCACAUCUGGAUCUGGAUCCGGAUUUGGAGCAGCGGCUGCCGCCGCAUGAGGUGUCUCUGUUGCGUGCUGAGGCGGCUGAGGCGGCGCUCCUGGAAGGCCCCUCCGCUAUCACGGGCGUUUCCCACGGCGCCUCCACCCCUCCGCCAACCGCUCUCAUGCUCGCCACUACCGCCACCACCAUGACCACCACCACCAUGACCACCACCACCGGCCAGACCCGUGGGUCGCGACCCCUGGAGCCUCUCUCCGGCCUGACCGCCCUUCUGGCGGAUGCGGCUCAGGACUGGAAUCCCUCGGGCCGCCCUGACGCCUCGGGAGCCAUGGUGGGCGGCAGUGUGGCGCUGCGGCUGGAGGAGCUGCACGUGGCACUGCCGGACAUGACGACGCAUUGGCUGACGUCGGGUCGCCCCCGGGUGGUGGCCCUCUCCAACGCCAUCAUGGCGCCAUUGAGUCAGAUGGGCGGGUUGGAUUACGGCGGUAGUGGAGGAGUUGGCGGCGGCGGCGGCGGGGGGGGGUCGGGGAGCGGAGCGGGGCCUGGCAGCAGCGGGGCCGGGGGUAUCGUGGCAGUGGGGGAGGCCCGGAGCGAGGCGGAAGCGGUGACGGCGCUGGCGUUGUCGACUGUGGCUGGGCCCGGCGACCCCCUGUGGCUGCUGGUGGGUCACUCCUCCGGCAUUGUGGUGGCCUGGGACCUGCAGCGGCGGCCGCCCAAACAGGUGGCGGUCAUUGCGGGACAACAUGACCUGCCGGUCGUCCACGUCAGCUUUUUCCCCGGCCGUGGCGCUUCCAUGGCUCUCUCUGCCGACCGACGGGGCAACUUGCUACUGCACACCUUCACACAUGUCGUACUCAAGACCGCCGUCGCCUCGCGGAUCGUACUGGGAGGCAACAUGGGCAGCAUCGGCAGCGUCGUACACCUCACGCCCUUCUUUGCUGCAACGCCGUCGCUGCCGCCGCCGCCGCCGCAGCAGCAGCAGCAGCAGCAGCAUCAGGCUGCGGCAACCGACGCGCCGGCGGCACUGGCGCCGCCUGGUGCCCGUGUCGGCGACGGCGUUGUUGCGCUUUGCGCCACCUCCGGCUGCCAUAUUGGCAGGUUCAAGCUAUCUGGGGAGCUACUGCCGCUGUACUCGAUACCGCGACCCGCCGCCGUACCGUCGCCGUCCAUACCGAGCGCAGCAUGGCUGCCGCACCAGCGGCGGUCUGCACGGCCGCCGCCGGUUGCCGUUGCCACCGCCGCCAGCGCUGAUGCCACCUUCGCCGCGGCCAGCGGCAACGGUGCCGUCACCGCCGCCGUGUGUGCCGUACUGGCGGUUGGCUGGCAUGACCAGGUGCUUUUCGUGGACGUGCCGCUGGUGGGGGAUCACAACUCGCCGCAACCGACGGGGCCGCCGCCGGCGGUGGCUGGUGCGCCGUCAGAAGGAUCGCCGUCGCCCGGCUCGCCGUCGGUACUGCAGCCGGCGCAGCUGCCGAUACAACAGCAGCAGUCGCAGCAAACGGGCCCGGCGAGGAGAUCAAUUCUACGAGCCGCCGCCGCCUUUACGGGUGUCGCGCGCGGAGCCGCCACGGCAGCUGUCGCUGCCGCCGCCAAUGCGGCGGCGGCGGCUACCGCCGCCACGUCGACGGCGCUGGCGGCGGCAGCCGCGGCCAGUGGCGGUGCCGCCGCCGUGGCGUCGUUGGACCCGCAGGCCGCCGCUGCGCUGGCGCAACGGCUGCCGUUGACGGUGACGCGGAUCUGGAAUGCGUCGGCGGCGGUGCUGGCGGGCGAAUCUGGAUCCAGAUCUGGUCAGGGGGACGUCUCCGUACGCGUCGUGGGGCUGCACUGGUACGACAGUGACGCGCUGGGUGUCGUACUUUUACUGGGCCUGGCCAUGCGGCUCGUGGUUGUGGAUCUAGAACUGGAGGUCCGGGAGCAGGUGGACUGCAUCGAUACGCCGUACAUCAGCGGCCUCAUGCCGACCGUACCGCGAGGCGGCGCACCAGCAGUGCCGGAUACUCUGUACGGCAGCGGCGCACGUGUAGUGCUGCUGGGUAGCUCGUCCACACUGUACUGCAGUCGGUUGCUGACGUGGCAGGAACGGCUCCGUACACUGGCGGACAUUGGCAAGUGGAAGCUGGGGCUCCGAUUUGCUCUGGACUUCUACAAGCUCCACCUAGCUCGCGCCGCAGCAGCCGCCUCCGCCUCCGCUGCCAGCUCCGCAGCCACACGCCACACUUCCACUGGCGGCGGCGGCGGCGGCGGCGGUGCUGCGGACUCGUCGUACCCGUCCGCCCUCCGCGGUUGGCUUGUGAGCCUGGCGGUGGGGUUCGUGAAGAGCUCUCUGGGGUCCGCUCUGAGGGCGGCAGCGGCCCAGGGGAUGGUUCACCUGCAGCUGGAGCGACUUCCCCAUCCUGUCGUACGGCAGCUCCAGGAAGCCACUGCCGCUGCCGUACUGUCCUGCCUGGCGGCCGGUCGAGAGCAGCUGUUGUUCGACACCGUGUUUCCGUUGUGCCGCGAUGCGGGGGCGGUUGGGCCGUUGGUGGAGGCGGUUGAGGUUGCCGUGUUAUCCGGCUCCCUGCCCCGUCCCGCUCCGGAGCUGGUCCAGGUGUUGGUGGACUACCUGGCCGGUCCAGGGGGGGUGGGGCGACCUGACCGCGUGGAGAGAUGCAUCUUCCGGCGUCAGUGCUUUCCCCCGGGGACCGGCCCCCUGCCUGAUGUCAUACCCGGAGUGGGACGACAUGGUACGGCAGGCGGCCCCGAUGACGUGAAGGCCCAGUUGUUGGGCUCGUUGCUGUUCCUAGACUCCGGAGACCUGGCCCGGGAGUGGCACCUGCGACCUGACCAGUUGCCGCGUGAGCUGGUCCUCCUCUCCGUGGAUGUUGCCGCUGCCGUAUCCGUACUCGGCGCUGCCGUAUCCGACUGGGACGCCGUUGAGACGGACCUGCGCGAGGCGGCUGCGCGACCCGCAGCGGAGCUGGACAGCGUGCUGGUGGCGACACAAGUGCUGGUCAACGCCUUCAUCCACUUGCUGGAGACGGAAGAUGGCCGCGGCAGCAGUAGCCGCGGCGGCGGCGGCGGUGGCGGCGGCGGCGGCUGGGGAGUCGUACUGGACUUCAUAGCUGAGUUGCUGGCGGCGAGGCGUGUGGUGGUGCGUCCUGCCUUUGCUGUACGGCUGCUGAAACACGUCGCGGGACGGGCAAUGGCCCUGGCAGUGGUGGAGGCGGCGGAGGCGGCGGAGGCGGCGGAGGCGGCGGAAGAGGUCAUGGCGGAGGGUCGCGGGGCCGUGGUGGCGACGCCGCUGGCGCCUGCGGGGGUGUCCCGGGAUGAGCUCGAGGCGCUGUUUGAGCGGUUGGUGGUGUCACUGCUACUGGGUCACUACCCAGGGGAGGUGCAGGCGACAACCUUCCUGGAACGGUUGAGCGGCAACCGGAGAUUGCAGUACGAUUUCCUGAAGGCUGCCGUACAGCACAAGCAAGCUCUGACGCAGGAUCUGAAUGGGAGCCCCGAAGAGACCGAUAUCGUACACGCACACACGCCGCCGUACAAGUCGUACUCCGCCUCCAACCUACACCCUGCGCCCGCCGUCGCCGUGGCCGCGCUGGGCUCAUGGAUGUCCCAACCUGCCGUAGCAAACACUUUCGUACAGCUGCUCUGCGAAUUUGAGCCGUACGCCGUACUGCCGUUUCUGCAACAGCACCAUGAGUACGACGUACGGCAUUGCAUUGGGCUGUGUAGCGCGGUCAUCAGCCGCAUGUCGGACUACGUGCCUCCAAGCGAAAUCGUACUGCACAUCAUCAGCACGUACGGCGGCCAGGAUUUCGGCGGCUUCCGUGUGCCCUCCUCACCCCCCUGGAGUCUACACUCCUCCUCCCAUACCCCGUUCGCUCGAGAGCCAGUAAAGCGAGUAUGA